UUACAGAAAAAUCAAACCAAGACAGAUGAUUAGGUAAACCUUGGCCAAGUUUAAUUAACGAGUCCGCCCUCGCAUUUUCUACAUUUACAACAAAUCGGUGUAUGCACCAAUAUUCAAAUGAGCAACGAGAGGAAUAAAAGGAGAAAAGAAACAAAAAAUCGCAAAUAAAGAUGAACAGUCAGCCAUAAGACUAAAUUCUUUUCUAUGUCUACCAUCAUUUAUGCAAUCUUCUUCUGCAGGUAAUAACAUAAAAGCGCUUUCCAUAUAAAUAACUUUGAAUAAUUUUGCGAUGCUGGAAAUUUUUUUUUUUAAGAGGGGCACCUCUUAUAGACUCCAGAAUGGCGUACAUAAUAAACUAAUACGGCACUGCGACCAGUACAAAAUGGUCGACGUGCCUUGAUCGUGUCGUUGACGGUGGGCCUGCGAGACGAUGCGAGACUGCGUUAUCAACCCGUGCUAUUGAACCGAAUCCCGCCGUAUCGGACGAGACGAAAUAAUAACGGCCGUGAAACGUGCGCGACGAAGCUAAAUGGCGGGAUAGAAUCGCACCUAUCUGGUCUGCGUACGGUCGUCGAAGAAGAGCGAGAACGCGAGGAUAGACGAGGAUACGCGCAAGAAGGACGCGAGGAGCGAUGGAGAAGCGGCAGGAGGUCCUCGCCCCGUUUUCCUCCGACGAGUGUCCGAACAGCGGCGAGGAUAGCGAGGAGGAUGUAAUAACCGAUUACCUUGGCUCAUCGCACUCCGACUGCGAUCGCGUGCCGCCUAUCAUUAAUGGAGAUCUGCGCGGCCUGAGUCUGCACGGCGGCAUAGUCACGGAAAUUGGCUACAUCACCAAAGACAAAGCGUCGAUCGUCAUGUCCGAGAGCGGCGAGGAACAGCAGCACCAGCGGCAGCAACAGCAACACCCGUUGCUCGCACUCGGCACUAAUAUACAAAGCCAGCCUAAUCCUCUGGUACCCAUCAUUAGCGUCACCCCGCACUCACCCGGUCUGGCCAAGAACUAUCCGGUCUUAGAGGAGAACUUGCAGCAGCUGCACGAGAUCCACGAUUGCAUUCAGCGUAUGCGAGACCUUACGUUGGGCACUUUGGGGUACCACAUUCGCGUGUCCAACAACUCCGACGCUCCGCAGAGAUUGACUUCCUCCUGCCCGUCCCUGUGUCCACUGAUCACCGCCGAGCUGGUAUCUCGUUCCGGUAACAAUCAUCACCAUGACACUGGCUCCGAUCCAGACCUCUUCCUUGCCAAUUGCUCUACCAACAGUUCCCCGACGCAUUUCCCGUCGGCAAGCGGUCGCGCUCGCACGCAACAGUCGCAGGGUAUAGACAGGCGACGCAGCUGGACCGGGGAUCUGGAGGAUCUGGAAGAGAGUCGACGCGGUAACCGCCGAUACUCUGGGCAAAAUCAUCUGCAGGCCCAAAAUAUGGUUAAUAUCGUCCGUUACUUGUUGAAACCAGGGCACGAUCCGAUCUCGCGACAACGCAGCAUUAGUUUAAGUAGCCUAGACAGCGAAAACGAGCUAGAAUUAGAUGGGAAAUCGUGUGCUGGACCGGUAAGCGUAGGCAAUCGGGCAUGCAGGUCACAAACGAGCACUCACUCGCUGAACGAAGCUGAUCUUGUACAGAGUGAAUAUCAGAAGAUAGUCAUAAAGAGGGAUAGUCAGAGGUUAGCAGAAAGUAGCAGUUUAAUGCCAGGGCUGACUGGUUCGCGUUUACCUCUUCAGAAAUCCAUAUCGACGCCCUCGAUCGUUACACCGCAGGUUCACGCACAUUUAGCCGAAACCGGAACUCGGACGACGCCUUCACUUGCAGCCCGUCAUGAAAGAAACGAAAAGGGUAGCGGGAGUGAGACAGAAACCGAGGAUCUUCAUACAACACACAGCCACGAAUUCCACGAAGACCGAGAGGGCACUCCAAGUGUCCAGAUAUCCCUUGACGAGCUUUUGACCGAUAGUACUGCAUACGAUGAUCAUCAUUCCGAAAAGACUAGAAGAAAGCGCGGCUCCAUCUUCUUUCGUAAAAAGAAGGAUAAAAGCGGGAAAAAAACCAAUCAGCAGCAACAUUUGUGGGUAACGAUGACAGUGGGAUCUCAAGGAAGCUUACUAUGUGAUGUUUGUAUGAAACAUUCGACGAAUAAGCCGCUCCUUCAUUGCGAUAAUUGCGGAGCAUCGGUUCAUCAAAGUCAAGGAUGCAAGGAUCAAUUGAUGCUGGAAUGCGUCAAGUCUAAACAUCACUCCAGCAAAUCCGCGUCAAAAUCUUUGUCGAGUGUUUCCACAAUUUCAAGUAACAGCAGCAUUAACAAACGUGGUUCCACGACGUCGUUGCCUCUACCAGCGUCAUCCGGAAGCGGAAGGGAAAUUAACAGCCACAAGAAAACCAUGUCAAGCUACAGUCCUUGGCGGCGAGUCGCUACUAAGCUCGGAGUCAAUCAAACGAUAAACGAAGAAAAAGAUGGCGAGAGCGGGCAGCAUCGUGAUCUUCCCAGCGGAUGGGAAGAAUUUGAUUUUGGUGACGACGUUCAUCAAUUCACCGUGGGUGAUCUCGAGGAGAUAGAUCCCGAGCUAACUUUGGGAAAGGAAGAACCCGAUUCCUGGAGCUCCGCAAUCGGCCGUAACGUUGCGCUGCGCCUCGUCGAUCAUUGUGAGCGCGAGGUAAAGAGACAGGAACAUAUAUAUGAGUUUGUACUCACGGAAAAGCAUCAUUGCCUGGUGUUGCUCGCGAUGGAAAAGAUCUUCGCGGAGGGACUGCGACGGCACUUUCGUCUUGGUCAGCCGGAUCUCGAACGUAUGUUUCCCCGAUUGCGGGAUUUGAUCGACAUUCAUCUGCGAUUUCUGCAAAAACUGCGAAAGCGGCAGAGCGCCAAUCCCGUAGUCUCCACGAUCGUCGACAUUCUAGUCGAGCAGUUCUCAGGUGAUAACGCGCAACGUAUGAAGAGCGCGUACGGGGAGUUUUGUAGUCGUCACCGGGACGCUGUCGAGGCAUACAAAUAUUACCUGCGUAACGAUCCUCGCUUCGCCCGUUUUGUACGACACUGUCAGACAAAUCCCUUGUUGAAAAAGAAAGGUAUACCCGAGUGUAUACUUUUUGUUACUCAACGUUUGACAAAAUAUCCAUUGCUGAUUGAGCCACUUAUUAAAACCAGCACUGUGCAAGACGAAGGUGAAGAUCUACGUAAAGCACUGGUCCUCGUUAAGGAGAUCUUAGCUGAUGUAGAUGCCUGCGUAGCCGAUAAGGAACGAGAAGAUAGAAAAUUAGAGAUAUACAAUAAGAUUGAUGCGAAAUCAUUCGUUACGUAUCGUGGUGCCAAAUUUAAAAAGUCAGACAUAAUCAACAGAAUAUUGAAGUUUGAGGGCACUGCAUACUUGAUGCAAGGUCGCGGCAAAAUGACUGCCAUUGUAGUGGUCGUUCUCUCAGACAUAUUGUUUUUCUUGGCUGAGAGAGAUCAGAAAUACGCGUUCUUCGUGCCUGACAAUAAAGCCGGUAUAGUGUCGCUGCAGAAGCUGUUAGUCCGCGAGAAAGCCCGUCAGGAAUCCAGUAUUUAUCUGAUAAGCAGCAACCCGGCUGAACCUGAGAUGUUUGAACUGAAGAUUCAGAAACCAAAGGAUAAACAACUAUGGAUACGGGCUAUUCGAUCGGCAGUCGAGGCUUGCCCGCAGGAGUCCGAGAACGAAGCCGACGCGCUGAUGGAAAAUAGUAACGAAUUGCGAGAUAUUCGCUCUUCCUCGAUCUCGCUGGUUUCUAUCGAAGAGAAGCAACGUAUCGCCAAAGCUAAAGAAUCACACAUACUUAGAAUUGUUGGCGAAUUGCGAAAAAAAGAUACUGAGCAGGCGCUGCUAUUUGAAGAGAAAAUCAAUUUGCAAAUGCGACUUUUACAAGCGGCGAACAUUUGGAGCGGGAAUGAGAGCGACAACGAGAGAAUCGAGAAACUUGAGAAGGAAGUCGCCGAUUACACUCGGUUGGUGCAUAACGAGAGGACUGAUACCACUCAAUUAUGGCAGGAGGUAUUUGUAGCCGUGCAAGAAGCGACACGUCUCGCUAGCUCGUUGUCGUUUAGCGCGGGCGGCGCUAAUUUAUCGAGAAGCUUAAGUUCCGCCGGUGAACGUCACAGUGAAGCUUACGUUCCACCGGCUCUUUGUGUGCCUCGAAGAGCCGAAACUUUUGCCGGUUUUGAUCACAACAAGGAGAGGCACCCAUUGCGUGAUCCGAACGCAUUGCACACCGUAAUUCCUGUUCCGAAACUCGGCGAGUUACCGAAAGAAAAUCUCGACGAGAAGGAAGGCUCAGAAUUGGAGACGAACAAGGAUCAGCAGUGGGCGGCGAUACGUUUGUCUCAUCACGUUUAUACGUUGCUUUGUAUAAUAAGUAGUCAGAUGACGACGAUCGAUAGUCUACAGGCACAACUGGUCGCGUGUAAAGACGGCGGCACGGGUAAAUCGUCCAAUAAUCGUCCGAAUCCGAAUCGUCAGUUGGAAGAGUUGCGAAAUCUGCAGGAUCAGCUCUGUCGAGAAAAAGCAGCGUUUCGAGCCGCCUCUCAGCAGGAGAAAAUCCAAUUGGAGGAGGAACGGGCAGAGCUGGCCCGCCAGAGAGAACAACUGGCCGCGGAGCAGCGGGAUGUGACGCAGCAACGGGAUCAAUUGUAUCGACGACUCGAGGCGUUAGAACGACAGGGCGUCACGUUGGUCGGAAGUUCCACGACCGGCUCGAUUCAUCUGUCGCACUUGACGCAGAACACCGAAACGAUGCAGCAAACCGCACGCGGCAAAGCGCAAUCUGAAGCCAAACGCAUCCCUCUGAAUCUGAUCAGCGCGACAAAUCAGCAAAAGGUGCAGAGCAAUCUGCCAGUUAAACAGCAACUGCCGCUAAAGCUCGCCAGCGGGAGUAACAACAAUACAAGAAGCAGCAGUACCGCGAGUAAUAACAGUCCAGAUCGGCAUUCUAGAACGGGCAGUAGUCCGGCGAUCGUCACUAGUUCUGCGUACUCUUCGCCGGAGCUCGGAAAUAGCCAUCAUCACGGAAUCGGCAGCGGGAGUCACACGUAUUCGUCGAAUCGUUCAUUUCGAAUCACUCGCUCUCCGCCCGAAGUCUCAUAUGCGCAGCAGCAACAGCAACAACAGCGAGGCGCGGAACAGCACUCGCAACAGCAACAACAGCAGCCGCUGGAGGAAGAGGUGAUCUUUUUCUGACGAUUCUUUCGAUUCGGUCGCAAGCACUCAUCGCGUUCGUCGCGCGCCGCCGCCGCUACUGGUACAACCACGCCAACCUCCACGCCAACACCGUCGCCGCGCAGCCAGUCGCGGAACGGUCAGUCCCGAAGUCGCGUCAAGUCCUUUUGAUUUUCGACAUAAAUUUCUUGCGGUAAUGAAAUCUAUACUUUAUCCGGUGCUUCGCGGAUACAACCCUUUGAAGUCACUCAUCGUAAUUUAUCAUUUCGCGUUUUCUUCUAUUGUCCAUUCUCGUAUCCCACUUUUUUUCUCACUACGGUUUGAUCGUCUUACGACAGGAUGCACAUACUGUUCUUUAUUUCACAUCUAAUAAGGUCAUACUUGAGUGCAAUAUGAGAAUUCAUCCUAUCCCCACACUACGAUGAUACUAUCAUGAAUAAAUGCGAGUAUUUAGCCUCGAUAUAGUUGGGAGAAGGAUGUAAAAUAAUAAUUAUUACGUUCCAACUGCUACAACUGAUGGCAAUAAUAUAAUUUUUAUGUCAAAUUUCACGAAAUUACCUUGACGAAAGAAAUAUGUUAAGAAUAAAAUGCAAUUUCUAUUAAGAGUUAUGAGUAAUCAUGGUCAGAAAUACUCGCGAGACAAAGGAAGAAAGAGAGAGAAAGAGAAGUAUUAAUUGCGUAGCAAAGUAGAUCAGCCGAUCUUGUUAAAGUCUUGCUCGUUACGUUAUUAAGCCGACUGACAGUUUUAGAAACACAAGAUUUUAGACGAAUCUUUUAAGCAAACCUGUUGCUGCUUGCUGAAACAUGCAAGAUAGAUGAAUACAUAUAUAUUACGGUUACAUAUACAUUGAAUGUGUACAUAUAUAUAUACAUAAAAUAUAUACUUUUUCAUGAGUGUGUAUAUACAAUUGGUUAUGAAUGAAAAGAAGAAUGUACUUGUGUGUGUAUGUGUUUCUUUUCACGCAUACACGCAUAUCUGAGUUAUCUCUGUGAAUGCAUGUUGUUGUGAAUGCGAGAGAGCGAUGGCUAUUCUUAUAUCAUAACUAUUAAAGUAUUUUAAUGCUAAAGCAGUAAAAUCUACUUUUAACGAUAAUGAAUUAUUAUCAUUACUAUUGUUACGUGUGCCAAAUCAUUGUCGUAAAUCGAAAUUAAUACUGCAUUUUAUUUUUGACUAAAAUUAUUUACUGCAGAAAUAAUUCCAUUUGUUAAGUGCACACGAUAUACCGAAAUACGAAUAUAUAUAAUAAAAUAGAAGGAGGAAUUCAUAUCUGGCAUUUGGUUUCGAGAUUAUUCACUGCCAUUAUAUUGUUAUUCUUUAUUGAGAAUGUUCUUUUUCUUAUAUUAUUGUCUAUACAAACUUUACACUAUUUAUUGCAUUGCUUAAGAUUGAUGAUUAAAGUCUAUACGAAACUACGCGAAAUACGGAAACUGGGAGAGUUCGUUGUACAAGAAUCGCGUAAUGAUGAAUAUCCCAUCGUCCCGAAUUCGCGUUUUUUCGGGAAUCUUAUAUUCUGCACUGUCUGACAUAUUUUAUUUAUACAUGUAUCAUGCUUAUCAACGAAGAAAAGUCUCAAAUAAGAAUUUUUUAAUCAUACGAGAUACUGUACAUCGGAGCCGCCGAUUCACUAUCCUGUAUAUAAAAUGCAGAGGAUACAAUACGCGCAUUUAGCAUUUACUUUAGCGAAGAUUAUCAUAUCGAAUCAAAUCAUUCUCGUCUCUCACAAAUUCGAAAAGGAUAAUUCUGUACGCGACAACUCCAUUAAUACGUAAAACACAUUGUUGUGAUGAUUGUCAAUACGCAUCCGAAUUAUGAAUUCCUAAACUAUUCGGUUUACAAACGGUCAUAGUUAUAUAACGCUGUGUAAAUAUACAUUCCUUAACAGAUAAGACUGGCAUGCAAUAUGAUCGAAUUGACGAAGGCUAGAUAGAGGAUUGAUUAUUGAUCAUUGUAAUAGAUCGACGAUAAGAAAAAACGACUAAUGAAUUGACCUCGUUAAAAAAAUUUAAGUAAUAAUACUACCAGCUGCUCGCGUCUCAAUCAAUCGUGUGGUGACAAUAGAUCUUAAAAGUAUUCCAUAAGGUAUGCUGAAUUACGCGAGAAAAA